UUCCGCGCCAUUCCGCCAGCCCCUGCGGCCGCCGAGGACCGAGGACUACUCGUUCCCCUCACCGCCGAUCUGCUCCUCACGUCAAUCCCCAUCAACAGCCAGCUGCGGGCGAACUCCCCCGAGUCCGAAGUCCUACCAGAAGAUGCAGGCGAAGAAGCUGACUCUGCUGCAGACGGUGGCCGCUGCAGGAGUUUUCUCGGCCGUCUCCUGCUGGUACGGCUUCAUGUUUGGUAGGGAGUCUGCCCGGCGUGAGCUUGGUGGCAUCAUUGAUGACCUCCGCAGCAGCUCCACGACGCCCUCUGCUGAGUCACCUGACUCUCACACUCCCUCCAAACCCUAGUGUGAUCCUCUUCUACAGUGUCAAGAACAAGAAUGGUCAUCAUAAAUGACGAGGUGAGGUAUUUGAAGAGUUUACCAAGUAGUGACAUUGUCAGAUUCUUGUAAAAAAAGAAACAUUGUCAGAUGAAGAUUUAAGCAAUUAGUAGACUGUUUAGCAGGUUUCCUUUUUGUGUAUUUUACACAAAAGAAUUAUGCUACAGUUUGAUUGGGUUGUCAAUACCUUUUCUUCCCCUGAAUAACAAUGUUGUACAUGCGCUCUCCUGAUGAACUAGAAUUAAUCAUGCAUUGUACUGCUGACCAUGAUCAGAUUUUCAUGCCAUGGAAUUAUUUAACUUCUGAGUCGAA